GGAGAAAACGUCGCUAUGCGGGUACGAUUUACAAUUCCUAGCGCAAAAUAACUCUGCUCUCCACCUGUUUCUAUCCACCUUGAAGUCCUCCGGCGGGCGGCUCAGUCAAAGACUUACUGCUGAUGCCACCCACAAUCUGGCAAAUUCACAUUCGAGCCAUCCUCAUAGAUGGUUUUCUCUUAUCAACUCCUGUUUCCUCCAAACCCGCGGGUUCGAUUACGUUCCCGGCACUGGCGCAUUCCACUGCCGCUAACGCGACUGGAGCCAUUUCUGCUGCCUCUACACUGCAUGGUGCUCCGCUGUCAUCAAAGGUCGGGAAUGCGGCCUCAGAGAUUAACGGCAUGAACAUUUUAUGGAUCAUAAUGCCAUUGAUCUUGACAUGCAUGAUCCAUCCGAUCGGCUCUGCCUGUGGCUUCCGCCCAGCCUAUCGUCAUCAAGUUCGGAUUGGGCCACUCAUGUCCCUAUUUGACACCUUACAUAUACUGUACGAGAUACACAGCAACUACGCAAGCGCCCUGGGUGGUGGUAGCAUAACUCGCCGAAUUUGCCGUGCUAUACACGAGGUAGUAGCGGUACGACUUUACCGACAUUUAAGGAACGAAGAGGUUGACCAUAGCAACCUAGAAGGUGCUUCGCCGACUGCAACCCUACUCUGUCGCUUCGAGAAAACUGUUUAUAAUACCUCGAGCAGACACAUAUUCUCCAUCAUGUUGAUAUUGCAGUACGUGAAGCUUUGUGGCUUCUAUGGCGUUCCCGUAUCAUUCUCUCUGGCGGCCGUAUAUUUUGUUUCGUGGAUCAUUAUAGAAAUGAUACUGCUAGUCGGUGAGGGCGGUUCUGUAAUAGAUCCCGGAGGUGUAGAUCCUCCAAGGGCAGAUUCGAGUUCGCCGAUUGUUUUGGGAUCAGCCGGGACUGUGGUAUUCUUACUCCAGGUCAUACCCGAUCAAUCCCAAACCACUGAAUUUCCCCGAGCCCAAACCAGAGGCCUGGCCCCCAGAUGUAAAUCCAGAAGAUAUAAAAGCCCCACAUCUCCCACAACCGACGGGAACCUGUGUUAAGUCUGCAAAACCAACAGCCUUGACUAGAACAAUCCCCCCCGCACACAAACUUGCCUCACAUUCCCUUCACACCUUGAGCUCCAACGCCCCUCCAUCAUGUUCCCCCCCCCCGGUCGCGGUAACGACUGCCUAGCAGUCGGCGACAAAUUUGUGAUCAGCCUGUUCGGCACCAGCAUGGUGUUCACAGCCGAAGGAAACUGUGUCCGUCUCAGGGAAUACGAGAAGGGCAAGAUGAGGCAAAUCUGGGUCUGCCAAAUGAACCCGGAAGGUCGAUACGGUAUGCGGAACGCAGCCACCGGGUGUUUUCUUGGCUGGGUGGAUGGCAGGGAGUUGUUUUGCGCCAUGGCACAUCACUACGGGUGCACGUGGCUUACCUUCACGCGGCUUAGGCUCGGCGGGUAUUCUUUAAUGGUCCCUAGUCCCGAAGGUCCAUUUGGCACGAGGCUCGACCCGGUUCAGCGCAGCGGCCCCGGAAGCAGCAGUCUGAGCUCAAAUAGUGGGACAGCAUAUCACCGGUUCGGCCUGCACUGUCUCAAGGACUCGGUGUUCAGGCGGUUUGAGUGGGUGGUACCUGAUCGUCUAGCGCGCUCAUCCGCACCAUACUACGAUGGUGAGGAUUCGGACGAGAGCAUUAAUGAAACCUCAAUUGAGUUCCUUGCCAACCAUGGCAUACAGAACAUCAUCAGCAUGAACUCUGUAGAGAUAUCAGCGCGGGAGAGAGGAAAGCUUCGCGCCGCCGGCAUCUCGUAUUCGCACAUAAGGGCUCUCGAGUUUACCGCACCCACACAAGAGCAAUUCGAUCAGAUAUGGAACGCCUAUGAGGAAGCGGGGGUUACCGUAGUUUACUGUGGAUAUGGGGAUGGGAGGACCGGGAUGGCUAUCAGCGCAAUUCAGCUCUUCGAGGGCCGUGUUCUGACCGACCUGGAUUACAGGGCGAACGGCGUGCAGUGCCCCUCCCAGAUAGAGGCAUUAAAUGUGUUAAACGAGAGAAUUCAUAGGUGGGUAUUUCUUCCGGACACUUCUUUCACACCUAGGCUGACCGCUGCUUCAAAUAGUGUUGAAAACAACAGCGGCCCUUCCGACGCCCCGGAUACCCGACCCCCACCAUACACAGCACCUGAAAAGGACAAGCCAUGGAAUGCAUGAGGAUGGGACUACGGAGGUACAGCUCCUAAGUUUUGUAUGUUCCACAGGGGCUAAGGUCAGCAAACUUCACUUGUUGGGCAUACAAAACUUAGGCGCUGUACCUGCGGAUGUAAGGAUGGUACAGGAGGGGGGGGGGGUAUGGACGGUCCCCGGCAGUGCCCUAAUUGGUUAAUAGGAUGAAGGCACGGUGCAAUGAUUGCAAGGUCUAUACCGGAGAAACAGUUAGAUGAAUAUAGGGUAGGGACAGUAGAGUCCGACAAUAGUCGGGGAAUAAGUUGGUCGAGCACGGAGUAGAUUUUUGUCCAUAGUCCGCUACGGAAUGCCAAUAUUUCAGAUGCUCUAGCAUACCCUAAUCUUCCUUUCCCUAACCCGACCUCUUCCCCCAUAAAUUGUCCAAAG